AUGACCGAUGCUCCGUCUUCCUUCCCGCAGUCCGCAAAUGGGUCACAAGAUCACCAGCCCGCCAUGCCACCGUCAACAACUUCCGCGCCAGCGCCACAACCCACGGCGACUGGUGUGACGGAUGCAGCGAUCAAGGCCGAGCCAGACUUGGAUGCGUCUAUUGAUCAAGACAUUGAUAUGAGUGGUGAUCGGGUUGGCACGACGGUCGAGGACGGCGCCGAAGCGAAUGCGCCGGCCGUCGAUCAACUGGCCGAGUCGGCCCCGCCAAGCAAGAAGGAAACAAGCUUGCGCGAGUUCUUGGGAAAGAUGGAUGAAUAUGCGCCAAUUAUCCCCGACGCAGUGACAGCACAUUACCUCACUCUGGCCGGAUUACCUCCUCCUGGUACAGGCCCCAAUCAAACUCCUCCUCAUCUUGCUCGUCUUCUCGCUCUUGCGACCCAGAAAUUCGUCGCCGACAUUGCUGCUGAUUCGUACCAAUUUGCUCGCAUCCGCGCUUCCAAUUCCUCAUCUGCGAAUAACCCCAUAGGCAGUCUGACCAAUGCGGCAGGCGUUCCGGGCGGCGCAGGCACCGUACCAGGUGGCGUCACGGGGGGCGAUGGCGCCAAGGGUGGUAAAGCGAACACGCAUCUUGGGAUUCAACGCCCUGGCUUCGGCGGCGGUGGCUCUGGUGGAUCGGGUCAAGGACGAACGGUGCUAACGAUGGAGGAUCUCGGCAUGGCGGUAUCAGAGUACGGAGUCACCGUGAAGAGAGGGGAGUUUUAUCGAUAG